UGGCAAGAAGUACGUCAUUUUCUUAAUUCCAUGUAACUUGUCUAUUUAGACUGCUAAGCAAAAUCAUUAUGAAUGAAGCUGCAUUGACACGGUAAACCUGGAAGUGUAGUUACAAACUGUCAACAAUAGCUAUUUAGCAAUUUUAAAUCUUGCACAUUGUUAUCUACAACUCUUUAACAUAUUCAUAUUAUAUGAUUCCUUUUGGUGAUCCCCCUUGUUGACGAUUUUUUCGAGAGACUUGGUAAAGACUACUGGUUUUGAUAUUCCAAAUCAAUAAAUAAAUAACUAAGAGCUGUAUAUCUAUGUAUGUGCUUGCAUGAUUAAAAUGUCCAGAAAUUAAAUAAUCAUUCCAAAAUUAGCUCUAUAUAUCAAAACCCUUUUCCUCAUUUCUCCACGACCAACGAAGACAAGAGCCUGCUCAAUUUCUCUAUUGUUUUUUCCGACAACCAAAAAGAAAGUUGAAAGAGAGACCAAUGGCAGCUCUUAAAACAUUGCAAGCUCUGAUCUUUCUUGGUCUAUUGGCCACGUCCUGUAUCGCUCAAGCUCCUGCUCCAGCACCCAUCAUGCUUCUCCCACCGGUAGAGUCUCCUUCUCCCAUUAUUACACCAACCGCUGAGCCACCAUCUCCGGUAUCGGUUGCUUCACCACCGGUUAUGGUUACCGAGCCGACUCCAGCUCCGGCGACUCCUCCCACCGUCUCAUCACCAACAAAGUCUCCUAAAACUUCCCCUGUCGCUUCUCCUCCCAAACCAGAAGGUAUGGCUCCAAGCCCAUCAGUCCCAGCACCAACACCAACGCCAUCACCAGCUCCGGCUCCUGAAGGACCAAUUGCUGACUCAGCAUUUACGAACAAAGCUUUCCUUGUGAGCACCGCCAUUGCCGGAGCCUUGUACGCCGUCGUUUUGGCUUAAGAUAGCCUUGAGUAAAUUACACUCUCUAUCUCUCUCCUCUGUUCUUUCUUAUCAUGAUUUGUUUGACGAAUCUCUCUGUUUUCUACUUUUCUCUAAAUACAUUUUGUGUUCACUUCCACUUUGUUGAUGUUUCUUUUUUUCUCGUCUUUUGAUUCUUUAUAACUCUGAUGGACAAUGAAACAACUCCACUCAUUCUUCUUGUUA